UUCCCUGCUUCGUCCGGGCUAUUUGUGCCCCGCUCCGAGAAGCUCACACCGCGGAUAUGAGUUCUUCCAGCACUUCCCUGGACGAUGAGGACACGUUUAAGAUCUUGGUGGCCACCGACAUUCACCUGGGUUACAUGGAGAAAGAUGCGGUGCGGGGUAAUGACAGCUUCGUGACUUUCGAUGAAAUAUUGCGUCUGGCCGAAGAUAAUGAGGUGGAUUUUUUGUUGUUGGGAGGAGAUCUUUUUCAUGACAACAAACCAUCCAGAAGAACAUUGCACACGUGUAUCGAGUUGCUGAGGAAAUACUGUAUGGGGGACCGUCCUAUCCAGUUUGAGAUCCUGAGCGACCAGUCGGUUAAUUUUGGAUAUAGCAAGUUUCCUUGGGUGAAUUACCAGGAUAAUAAUCUAAACGUUUGUAUUCCAGUCUUCAGUGUGCAUGGAAACCACGAUGAUCCAACUGGGGCCGAUUCCCUCUGCGCUCUGGAUCUAUUAAGUAGUGCCGGACUCGUCAACCACUUCGGACGUUCCACCUCUGUAGAGAAAAUAGACAUUAGCCCCGUGUUGUUACAAAAAGGCCGGUCAAAGAUUGCCAUGUACGGGUUGGGAUCGAUACCAGACGAAAGGCUGUAUCGAAUGUUUGUGAACAAGCAGGUGACGAUGCUGCGCCCUCGUGAGGAUGAGUCGGAUUGGUUUAACCUGUUUGUUAUACAUCAGAACAGGAGCAAGCACGGAGCCACAAAUUACAUCCCCGAACAGUUUUUGGAUGAGUUUUUGGACCUGGUCAUUUGGGGCCACGAGCAUGAGUGCAAGAUUGCCCCGAGUCGGAACGAACAACAACUGUUCUACGUGUCCCAGCCGGGGAGCUCAAUAGCCACUUCGCUAUCACCAGGAGAGGCCAUAAAGAAGCAUGUCGGUUUGUUGAGAAUAAAAGGAAAGAAAAUGAACAUGCAAAAGAUCCCACUGCAGACCGUCCGUCCGUUCUUCAUCGAAGAUAUUGUCUUAGCCGACUUCGAGGACCUAUUCAACCCGGAUAACCCGAAAGCGACGCAAGACAUCGAGAACUUCUGCAUCGAAAAGGUUGAAGCCAUGCUCGAUGUUGCAGAAAGAGAACGUCUGGGAAAUCCUCGCCAGCCGGAUAAGCCUUUGAUACGACUGCGGGUUGAUUACACCGGUGGCUUUGAACCUUUCAACACUCUUCGAUUCAGCCAGAAGUUUGUUGACCGGGCUGCCAAUCCUAAAGAUAUAAUACAUUUCUUCAGACAUAAAGAACAAAAGGAUAAAAAAGAUUCUGUGAAUAUUGAUUUUGCGAAGUUUGAUAGGAAACCCGUUUCAGAAAGCAUGACCCUGAGGGUGGAAGACCUGGUGAAGCAGUACUUCCAGACUGCCGAGAAGAACGUCCAGCUCUCUCUUCUGACCGAGAGGGGUAUGGGAGAGGCCGUCCAGGAGUUCGUGGAUAAGGAGGAGAAGGAUGCCAUCGAAGAGCUGGUGAAGUUUCAGUUAGAGAAGACGCAGCGGUUUCUCAAAGAGCGGAACAUCGAUGCCGAGGAGGAGAAGAUUGACGAAGAGGUUCGGAAAUUUAGGGAAACAAGAAAAACCAAUACUAACGAGGAGGACGAAGAGGUUCGAGAAGCUAUAAGUCGAGCAAAGCAGAGGUCACAGACGGAUUAUGUUGACAUGAGUGACGAUGAUGGCGAGAAAGGACGAAAGACCUCUGACCCAACCCUAGAUGAUUCGGAUGGUGCUGACGUGCCGGUGCCGGUUCGGGGAAGGGGUAGAGGCAGGGCAAGAGGAGGCAGAGGACAGAACACAACCACUAGAGGAACUUCGAGACGAGGCAGAGGAAGUGCAAGCUCUGAUGUACCUUCCAGUGGGAGAACAUCCAAGGCACCUUCCAAAAACAUGUCCAUCUUUGAUGCGUUUAAAUCAUCGUCAUCAUCAUCAUCAGCAUCGUCAAGACAACCAACGGGAAGGAACGUCCCGGCCAAGAACUAUUCCGAGGAAAUUGUGGAUGAGGAUUCGGAUAUCGAGGAAGUCUCUUUUACUCCGUCAUCUCAUGCCGACAGAAAACCUUCCAACACCUCGUCUUUAUACAGCAGGAAAGGCUCUCAAAGCCAAGGGGCUUUAGGACCCUUCUUUGACGAUGAUGAGGAGGUCAGUCAUAGUACGAUGGGCUUGGUAUUUUUUAGGGGUCCUCUUAUAUUCAGUUCCUUGGGGAAGAUGAGAGCAUCUCUGGUGCUUUUGCUUGAACAUAACAUGACCUCACCAAAAGCACCAGAGAUGCUCUCGUCUUCCCAAAGGAUGAAUUCGACCCUUUCAAGAACAGCGGCCCUUCCAGGAGGAAUCGACGAUAGAGUUCCUUGGUCGCUGACAAUGGUCAUGCCCGCAAUGUCAAGGCUUGGGUUGGGGGUUUAA